CCAUUUCCCCUUAUCCAAACAAACAUCCGAAAGCUACUUUUCUUCUCUCUUCCUCACUCCGAUCUAUUUAACCAUUGCUUAAUGCUAUCCACUUCCUCACCAACCCCUAUAAAUAGGGGACAUACCCAUGUUGAAGUCCAACACAUCGAACACUCAUCACCAAUCGAGUUUCAUUCUGUGGAAAUCUAUAGAAACCAGCUGAAGCAUAUAGCUGAGCAGGUAUGGAUAGAGUGAAGGAUUUGGCAUCAAAGAAAGCGGCAGUGAUAUUCACCAAGAGCUCGUGUUACAUGAGCCACAGCAUUAAGCAGCUGUUUUACGAGCUAGGGGCAAGCCCUGCAGUGCAUGAGCUUGACAAACACGCGUAUGGGAGGGAAAUGGAACUCGCUUUGAGGGCUCUGGGUUGUAACCCUUCAGUCCCUGCCGUGUUCAUAGGUGGCAAGUUCGUGGGUUCUGCAAGAGAUAUCAUUUCCCUUCAUGUUGAUGGCACUCUCAAGCAAAUGCUCAUUGAUGCUAAGGCCAUAUGGUUUUAGCUACCUACUUACACUCCUAACAACUAUACAUAAAGAAGCAGCUUCACGUAUAUACUACUACUACUGAUAUAUAUAUAUAUAUAUGGGUCUGCAAGUAUAAAUAUAUAUCCACGGAGCUGUCUCGUAUGCAUGUUCUAGAGUCAAUGUUUUACUAGAGACACUCUUGCUUUUUCUCGAGUGUCCCGUUUUGAUUGUAUGCAACGACAAGAUACAAACCGAUACAAAACACUGCUUUUUCUUUUUUGGUAUAUUUUUCGAUCUGCAAGUCUGACUGUGAGGGAUGGCUGCUCUUUUAGUUAAUUACUAACUUGAUCUCGUGCUGAAGAAGAGAGCUUUGAAUGAUGACAUGGUUGAUAACGCAACUUUGAAGUCAUAAGAUUCAUCUUUAGUUAGUUAUACUAAGACCUUUAAUUAAUUUAAAAACAUGCUUCAUUGACACACUUUUA